AGUUCGUUGAUGGUAUAAAUUUUUUCAAAAAUUUCCAAUUCUCUUUGUUAUAAAAAAUUUAUAUUAUUAAAAAAAAAGUCUUUAAUCAGAAUAUAUACGGUGGAUCUGACAAACCUAAUGUCAAUAUAUCCGUCGUGCGGGAUCAGAGGAAAUCUAAUUAUCGAGCAAUCGAAGCUACAACCGACGAAGGCGACGCGCUCGCUAUGUAAAUGGGGAAUCUAAUGAGAGAAUACCCGCGAUAUUCUAACGAGAGAGGAUAGAAAAUGCCGCGUGCGCGAACGGAAGUGUUCGACCCGAUGAUGGAGAUAGAAAGACCGUCGCGGUGCAUCAGAUUUCUACGCUUGUUGUGGAAAUUCAGCAGAUGCGUCUUCUCCCACGUGACGCUCAUCUCCUUGGUAGUUGCUUAUUGUAUGAUCGGCGCGUACGCUUUCGAGGCACUGGAAGCGAAUCACGAAAAGGAGGUGAAGAAGAGCAUCAAGAGCAUACGUGAAAACGUUUCGGAAAAGCUAUGGAAAAUCACGAAGAAUUUCGACGUGUUGAUUCAGGACAAUUGGACGAGGAAGGCGUUGGAAGAGCUCAAGAACUUCGAGGAAAGCCUCCAGAUGAAAAUGAAGAUGGAAGGAUGGGACGGCGAGGAAGAGGGUAAUAUACAGUGGACAUUCGCCGGCGCUCUGUUCUAUUCCAUCAUCGUAAUCACGACAAUCGGAUACGGUCACAUUGCGCCGAAAACGAAAAAUGGAAAAGUGGUGACUAUUUUCUACGCCAUUCUCGGNAUUCCGCUCAUGUUGCUCUGCCUGUCGAAUAUCGGAGACGUGAUGGCGUCCAGUUUUAGAUUUUUAUAUUGGAAAGUGUGUUGCUAUGUGUGCACAAAACCGCCAAAAAAACGACGAGGGCGUAACACCUUUGUCAGAUCGUACUCCGUUCGUCAACCAGGACGAUAUGGAUCAAGCAAAGGCCCGUUUCGCCGAUCCAUCAGAGUGAGUCAACGAUCAGCUGAUUCGGCCUUGGGACUUUCCGAGAGUAUGACGAAGUCCUCGUACUCUGACACCGAUUGCAGAUAUAUGCAUCGACGAUUCGAAGGAACCGAGUCGAAAGUGUCAAGUGCUUACGCACCUUCCACGAAUCAUCCGAUGGAAACUAAGGCCGCGACUAUGCCGCGUUAUUCGGAUGUUCAGAUGGCCACUCCAAAAAGUGUAAGAGCCAGUUCCAGGAUAACGACGCAAUCGUUGGACAGAAAAUUGCUAAUGAGUCCGAACGAGGCUGAUCGCUCGCCGGUUUUGUGCAACAAAUAUGCGUUGGACGAUCUAGAGGACGAGAUGCUGAGAUGGCAGCCGCCGCCUCAAACUAAAGUCGAGAAUUCGGAGAGGCCGCGAAGCAACGGAACGACCGAGGAGCCGGAUAGCGCCGAAAAGCAAACUUCCUUCAAUCCCAGAUCCUUGCCGAGGAGAUGCCUCUCCGUUGAAGGCGCCACGACGAAUCACAGAACGAGUUUGACGUCGGGGCUACGACCGCCUUCGGUCUAUUUGGAAAUGGAACAUAUGAGAAGAUCGCAAUCCGGCAAGAGUAGUAGACGCAGCAGAAGCAAUUAUUCCGUCGCGCGCUCUUUUAAGCGGGGACCACCGUCGCCGAGGAUUAUGUCGCCGAUGGGAUUCGCCGUGCAUCGACAGGUUUACGUUGAUGAUAUCGAUUUGGACUACGAGUAUUAUGUCGCGGAUGAUCAGGAGAGACAACCAACCAAGCCCGUGCCCAUUUGGCUAUGCGUCUUCCUAGUUGUCAGCUACAUAAUCGGUGGCGCUUAUCUCUUCAGCAAGCGGGAAGACUGGUCGCUCCUCGAUUCGGCUUACUUCUGCUUCAUUACGUUGACUACCAUCGGUUUUGGCGACUUUGUGCCGGCGUACAAGCUGGACGCGCAGCAGGGCAUCGCCCUUUGUUCGCUCUACCUGCUAUUUGGAAUUGCCUUGCUGGCAAUGAGCUUUAAUCUGGUGCAGGAGGAGGUCAUCAACAACGUGAAGAGCGUCGCGAAGAGACUAGGUAUCAUCAAAGAGACCGACGACGAGGCGGAGGCCGAAGACUACGACGAAUACGACGCAGAGUACGAGGAUGAGGUCUAUGAAAACGAGCCCAAGCUAUGACUCUCUCUCUCUCUCUCUCUCUCUCUCGCGGUUUUCCAAGCUUACCAAUACGACGAGAUCGGGGACGCGCGGCGUCAUUCAUCAUCCCAGUCAUAGAUCCGUCACGAGAUCCGAAGUAUCUUUCUCGAUUCACAUCCAGAGUCGACGUACAAAUCAGUUCCACGAUACAUGAGUCACAUAAGCAGACUUGUGCGGAUCGAACUUCCGAUUGAAUAAUCUAUUUUUCUUCUUUUUGCACAAACUGUUUCAAGAAAAAAUCGUUACAAACAAGUAAAAUUGAAUUAUGAAUACGUUGAAAUUUUGCCGCGUUAUCAAUUAAAAUCAGUAGAUGAACGGAUUAAUGUUCGGCAACAAAAAAUUAACGAUUAUUGAAAUUAAAGUAUGGGGAUAUUUAUUAAAUGAUUAUUGCAAAAUUAUUGAAAAACGAUAAAUAUUAACUUUAUCACUGGAGAUUCGGCGCAUCGAGUCCGAUUUCUUGAAAGAUCUCAAUAAUCUUUUCUUUUUUACAGAUGUGUAAACUGUGGAUAAUGUAAGAGAAUUUUAAUUAUUUAGAAUUAUAAAAAAUUUCUGGCCUUUUCAGUCUUUACGUUAUUAAAAUUUUGACGUUAUUAAAAUAUAGAUAUACUGUUAAUUGUGCUAAUGGAACAAUAGCAGGGGAGAAACAGCGUCUUGUGAGCGUCACGAGGAAAAUACCGCUGCAUAUAUAUAUAUAUAUAUACAAAUCUGGGAAUUAGUUUCUACAAAAUGAAUAGAUGAACAAUCGCGGAAUGCAAUUAAAUUUGCAUAUAUAUUACAGUAGUAGCUUUAAUAUCUAGUCGAAUAUUUGCAUUUUGAAUAUUUUCCUUUUAAGUUUUGUUACUUUUCUUUGCAGUGAGAGACAUUUUACAAUUAUUAUACUAUUAUACAAAUAUGAUCGUAAGUAUUUUAUGUGUAUUUUUUAAUAUA